CCGUUCUGAGAGGCGGGACUUCCUGUUCUCCUUUAGCGUGACUGCGGGAAGUGAGUGCGGAUCGCCACCGCUUGGGGUCUUUGCGCGUGUGCACUCGCUGCUGCGUCUCGCUGGAAAGAUGCCGGGUCUGGCCGCCGCCAGCCCUGCCCCGCCUGAGGCUCAGGAGAAGAAGCCGCUGAAGCCAUGCUGCGCCUGCCCGGAGACCAAGAAGGCGCGCGAUGCGUGCAUCAUCGAGAAAGGGGAAGAGCACUGUGGCCAUCUCAUCGAGGCCCACAAGGAGUGCAUGCGAGCGCUGGGAUUUAAGAUAUGACGUGGUGGCCUACGCUGUGAAUGAAAAAUCCCUGAGGAAUGAAGAAGAGUAAAUAUUUUGGAAGUUCCUUGAUGCACUUUGAUAAGUGGAUAAAGUAUUUAUAAUUUAUUAAAGGACAAAAAGAAAGUGUGGCAAAGCAUCUUCGUUGUGGUUCUUCUGUUCCUCACAGACCCACGGGACUUUCUGUUCCGUUCCCUUUCCCUCUCACAGCAUACAGCACCAACCUUGGCUGUGAGCUUCUGCAUUGUUGUGACGGCACAGGAUUGGAUAGUUAUUGUAGGAGCAAGCAGAUUCUUCUCUCAACCAGUAGAAUCUCCAAUAUUAGGUUAUGGAAAUAAGAAUGAACAUCUUUCCCCUGUUGAAAAUGACGUCACAGCCAUGUCAUCUCAUCUCAGCAAGACUUGCAGUUAACCAGAUUUAGCCUUUUCGUGCGUUGAACUGAGAAUCUCAAGUACAGACUGGAGAUUGAGCGCAGUGGCUGAGAACUUGCCUGGUAUACACAAGGCCUUGAGUUCUAACCUCAAAAACAAAGGCUGCUGAGGACUACCACUAGAGAACUAUUUAAUCUUCAUGUGUGGUGGGGUGGCGAGGGUGUUUCUUUAUAGAAUAAAAGAGCCCAGAUCCUUUAAGACUGGCCUAA